UUUUCAGGAACUGUUUCCGAGCCGCUCAAACUUUCGGAACUAAGUUUGAUGGAUUUGGAAAAUUGGAAUCCCAAUGGAGACCAAGAACCAGAGGAGUUAUAUGGAUCGAAACGCUGCGCUCGCUGCAAUACGCCAAUCUCGGCUUCCGAGCUGGUGAUGCGAGCUCGGGACCUGGUGUUCCAUGUGCACUGCUUCUCAUGUGCUCUGUGUAGCACGCCCCUGAAUAAGGGGGAUACUUUCGGCAUCAGAGACUCGGCAGUAUACUGCAGGCUGCAUUAUGAAACUAUGCCGGAGUACGGUCCGCACAUGGCUGUGCCGGGACCCCCGCAAAUGUGCCCUGUGCCGUACGCGGGCCCUGCUCCCGGGCCACACUAUCCCCCAUACCCCUCCCCGGAGUUCGCUCGGGUAGACAAUGAUGUUCCUAAAGGGCCGUUCUUCAACGGCUCCGCAGCGCCCCCACCUCGACAGAAAGGACGCCCGCGAAAAAAGAAGCCAAAAGACCAAGAGAUCAUGGCUGCCAACCUUGAUCUGAACCCUGAGUAUCUGGAGAUGGGGUUCCGCGGCGGAGCUGGACUGGGCUCCUCGUCGCGCACCAAGCGCAUGCGAACCAGCUUCAAGCAUCACCAGCUGCGCACCAUGAAGUCCUACUUCGCAAUCAACCACAACCCUGACGCCAAGGAUCUGAAGCAACUCAGCCAGAAGACUGGACUCCCUAAAAGGGUGCUUCAGGUAUGGUUCCAGAACGCUCGAGCGAAGUGGCGACGAAUGGUGACCAAGCAGGAGAACAAGAUGUCGGACAAGUGUUCGCCGGACGCGUCCCUGGAGAUGGACAUGUAUCACGGGCCCAUGGGCUCGAUCCAGUCGCUGCCGCCGCACAGCCCGCCCUACAGCGUGAUGGGCGGCCCGCCGAGCCCCAACUCGAUGGAUUGCCCCUAGCCUUUAUUGCGCGCUUUAUGAGCGCCAUAAACUUUGUUACGAGUGGUGCGCCAAGCCGCUCUCUGCGGUGGCGUUUGCCAACAACGUCGUUCUCCGUCGCCGGAGAAACCUUUUAAUCAAUCAUUUUCUAGACAGAAUUUUAAUCAACAAAAUAAUUUACAAUCUUCAAAUAAUUCAGAUCAACAAACUCCCCUUCAGCGAAACCGUUUUAAGGGGCAUACAGAUCAUCAGCCUGAAGCAAUGCAACGAUUUUUUACGGAACCUCAGCAGCGGCCUAACCUAUGCGAACGAGGACGUUUGGUACAAGGCUCUCCACGUGAACAACCUAAUCACAAUCAAUCUUUACAGCAGGGCUUUAAUGGACAGUCAUUUAAUAGGUUCCAAAACUCUCAUUUUAAUCAUAUCCCAGAACAUAGGCAUUGGCAAGACAUUCAGCAGCGUCACCAUAUGCAAUCUUCUAGAUUGCCUUUCCGUGAUCCUCAUAUUCAACAAACAAACGCGGCAUGUUCCGAGCAACCACAAGCACUUAAGUUGAAUACGCAUACUUCUGGUACCUUUAAUUUUGAUCCAUCAUUUUGGGAUCCUAGUCCAUCCCCCGAUCAGACCCGUAGGGUGAACUCUCAAAGUUCUUUGCACGCGCAAGGUUCUCAAAAUAUCUUAAACAGUCAGUCUUGUCGACCUUCGUUAAACCAAUCUU